GAAAACAUCUUUAUGUAUGGAGGCAGAAUUGAGACAAGUGAUGGCAAUGUCACAGAUGAAUUAUGGGUUUUUAAUAUCCCCAGCCAGUCAUGGAGUACAAAAACCCCCACUGUUCUUGGGCAUGGCCAGCAGUAUGCGGUGGAGGGACACUCAGCACACAUUAUGGAGCUAGAUAGCAGAGAUGUUGUCAUGAUUGUGAUAUUUGGAUAUUCUGCAAUAUACGGUUACACAAGCAGCAUACAGGAAUACCACAUCUCGUCAAACACUUGGCUGGUUCCAGAAACUAAAGGAGCCAUUGUACAAGGUGGAUACGGUCACACCAGUGUGUAUGAUGAAGUCACCAAGUCCAUUUAUGUCCAUGGAGGUUAUAAAGCACUGCCAGGCAACAAGUACGGUCUGGUGGAUGACCUUUACAAGUACGAAGUUAACACCAAGACUUGGACUAUUCUGAAAGAGAGUGGGUUUGCCAGAUACCUUCACUCAGCAGUGCUUAUCAAUGGAGCUAUGCUUAUUUUUGGAGGAAAUACCCAUAAUGACACUUCCUUGAGUAACGGUGCAAAAUGUUUUUCUGCCGAUUUCCUGGCAUAUGACAUAGCUUGCGAUGAAUGGAAGACAUUACCUAAACCAAAUCUCCAUAGAGACGUGAACAGAUUCGGACACUCUGCAGUAGUUAUCAAUGGGUCCAUGUACAUAUUUGGUGGCUUUUCCAGCGUGCUCCUUAGUGAUGUCCUUGUAUACAAGCCUCCGGACUGCAGAGCUUUCCAAGAUGAAGAGCUCUGCAGAAACGCUGGCCCAGGGAUAAAAUGUGUUUGGAAUAAGAACCACUGUGAAUCUUGGGAGACUGGGAAUGCGAAUACUAUUCUCAGAGCAAAGUGCCCCCCCAAGACCGCUGCUCUGGAUGACAGAUGUUACAGAUAUGCAGACUGUGCCAGCUGCACCGCCAACACAAAUGGCUGCCAGUGGUGUGAUGACAAGAAAUGCAUUUCGGCAAACAGUAACUGCAGCAUGUCUGUCAGAAACUACACCAAAUGCCAUGUAAGAAAUGAGCAGAUUUGUAACAAACUUACAAGCUGUAAAAGCUGUUCACUAAACUUGAAUUGCCAGUGGGAUCAGCGGCAGCAAGAAUGUCAGGCUUUGCCAGCUCACCUUUGUGGAGAAGGCUGGAAUCAUGUUGGGGAUGCUUGUCUUCGAAUCAAUUCCAGUAGAGAAAGUUAUGACAAUGCAAAACUUUAUUGCUAUAAUCUCAGUGGAAAUCUGGCUUCUCUGACAACUUCCAAGGAGGUAGAGUUUGUGUUGGAUGAAAUACAGAAGUACACACAGCAGAAAGUAUCGCCUUGGGUAGGCUUACGCAAGAUCAACGUUUCCUACUGGGGAUGGGAGGACAUGUCGCCCUUCACAAACACCACGCUGCAGUGGCUUCCGGGUGAGCCCAAUGAUUCUGGCUUCUGUGCUUACCUAGAGAGGGCUGCAGUGGCGGGACUAAAGGCAAACCCUUGCACGUCCAUGGCGGAUGGCCUUGUUUGUGAAAAGCCUGUUGUCAGUCCAAAUCAGAAUGCAAGGCCGUGCAAGAAGCCGUGCUCCCUGAGGACCUCGUGUUCCAACUGCACAAGCAACGGCAUGGAGUGUAUGUGGUGUGGGAGCACCAAGCGGUGUGUGGACUCCAAUGCGUACAUCAUCUCCUUCCCGUACGGACAGUGUCUGGAGUGGCAGACCGCCACCUGCUCCCGUAAGUACAGAGCAAAGAAACUUGGCAUCCGAGGGCAUUCAAAACAAUGGAGAUUCGAUUUUCGG